CGCGGGGCCGGCCGCCGGUGUCCGCCGGUGUCCGCCCGGUGCCCGGUGCCCGCCCGCUCCCUCCCCUCGCGUCCCCCGGCGGCGGCGAUGCGUCUCCCCGCGGUGCUGCUGUGCGCGCUCUGCUCCGCGCUGUCGCCGGAGGGCCCGGGGGACUACGAGCUCAUGUACGUGGACCUGGACAACGAGAUCGACCACGGCCUGCAGCCCACGGAGGACCCCCCGCCGUGCGCCUGCCGCCCGGAGCUCAGCCGCUGGGACAAGCUGUUCAUCAUGCUGGAGGACUGGCGCGCGCGGGAGGGCACAAUGCUGCAGGCCGCCGACGCCGUGCUCCGGGCAGAGCUGCGCUCGCUGCGCGCCGAGCUGGGCCGCCUGGGGACGCCGUGCGCGCCGCCGACCGAGGGCCCGGAGCCGGGGCGCGCCCUGGGCGCGGUGCUGGAGGAGCUGCGGCGCACGCGGGCCGACCUCCGCGCCGUGCGGGGCUGGGCGGCCGGGCGCUGGCUGCCGGCAGGUUGUGAAACCGCCAUCUUAUUCCCAAUGCGGUCCAGGAGGAUUUUUGGAAGCGUGCAUCCAGUGACGCCCAUGAAGCUUGAGUCUUUCAGUGCCUGCAUCUGGGUCAAAGCCACAGAUGUUUUAAACAAAACCGUCCUGUUCUCCUAUGGCACCAAGAGAAACCCGUACGAGAUCCAGUUGUACCUCAGCUAUCAGUCCGUGGUGCUCGUGGUGGGCGGAGAGCACAACAAGCUGGUUGCCAACGCCGCGGUUCCCCUGGGAAAGUGGACCCGCCUGUGUGGCACCUGGGAGUCCAGGAGAGGCCGCGUGUCCUUGUGGGUGGACGGUGAGCCGGUGGCUGCCGCGCUGGAGAUGGCCACGGGUCACCUGGUCCCCGAGGGGGGCAUCCUGCAGAUUGGCCAAGAAAAGAACGGCUGCUGUGUGGGUGGCGGCUUCGACGAAGCGCUAGCCUUUUCUGGAAGGCUCACAGGCUUCAAUAUCUGGGAUCGUGUUCUCGGCAACGAAGAGAUAAGAGAGUCGGGAGGAGCGGAGUCUUGUCACAUCCGGGGCAAUGUGGUUGGGUGGGGAGUCACCGAGGUCCAGCCCCAUGGAGGAGCCCAGUAUGUCUCCUGAGUGUUGUGAAGCUCGACUCGAAGCCAAAGAAAGAACCUCACGUUUCAGACAGUUGGGAAGGUCUGAAAACCUCAGCGCGUGUUAAGAACACUUGAGACUAAUGAAGGGGAGAGUUGAGAUCAAUCUUUAUUUAUCUGGGCAAAAUUACCGAAUAAACAGCUGAAGAGAAGGCAUUGGGGAAUGCUUGAGGGGAUGUUGUUUCUAGACUUCACGCCACGGUGCUUUGCGAUUAGUGCUGUGUCUCUGUCAGAUAAACUCGCAAAUAAUUAAAAAGGACUGCGUCGUGGAACAGAAGGGCAAUUGUUUCACUUUUCUUUGGUUAAUUUUGUUUUGGCCAGAGAUGACUUUUACGUUGGAAGGAACAGAAAAUAACAUUGGCUGUCCAUUAUUCACUGUUAACUGGCAUGUACCUUAUGAUUACAAAAUACGAUGAUGAAACAUAUUUAUACUACGAUGUGACUUAACAAAUGCAAAUGUAGUUUAUGUGUCAUAAUCGAAUGUCACUUUUUUGAGAAGAUAGUUAUAUAAGUUAUAUUAUAAAAUGGUUUUGUAUUAAUUUUAUUAAGACUAUUUUUGUAAAGCUCUACUGUAAAUAAAAUAUUUUAUAAAACUA